CGAUUGAAGAAACGACAGUUUAUCAAUCCAGACCCUUCUUCUCUCAAAGCUUCAUGAUUCCUCCACACUCUUACUUACCUUUCUCUCUCUAUAAAUCCCAUCUUCUCUCACAUCACACAUCAACCAAUACACGGCAGCAAAGAAGUUGUUACCGCAGAAUCGCUAGUUUUCUCUAUUGUUAAUGGCGGCGGCUAAGACUUUGGUCUGUUCUCCUUUUGUAUUAAGCAACGUUGUUGGGAGAACAAACAAAGCUUGUGAUGCGCCUUCUUCUGUGUUUUUCCCGAAUGUGUCUAUAAGGAGAAGGCCACUGUCACUUGUUAGAGCCCAGGCAAGCGGCGAAGGCAAAGACACGGCAGUGGACGUGCAUCAUGUUGGCGGAGGCAACCAGGGAACCGCCGUGGAGCGGCGGCCGCGGAGUUUGGGUGUGGAUGUCUCUCCUUUUGGCUUGCUAGACCCCCUAUCUCCAAUGAGGACAAUGCGUCAAAUGCUCGACGCCGUAGACCGACUGUUCGAGGACGCCAUGACGUUUCCAGGAACGGGAGGAGGGGAAGUGCGGGUGCCGUGGGACAUCAAAGAGGAAGAAAACGAGAUCAGAAUGCGUUUUGACAUGCCCGGACUCUCCAAGGAAGACGUCAAAGUCUAUGUAGAGGACGAUCGUGUCCUUGUGAUCGAAGGCAAUGGGAGGAAGACGGAGGAGGAAGGGGGGAAAGAUUCGUGGUCGAAAAGGGGGUAUAGUACAUAUAGCACAAGGCUGAUGCUGCCUGAUAGCUGCGAGAAGGAUAAGGUGAAGGCAGAGAUGAAGAAUGGGGUUCUUUAUGUGUGUGUUCCCAAGGGGAAAGUGGAGAGGAAAGUGGUGGAUGUUCAGAUUAACUGAGGAAAGAUGUAUGUGUUUAUUAUGCUCUGUUUUCUGGUGUUGUAAUGGUUCUGCUUAGUUACUGUUUUGUGUUGCUUUCUUAAAUCUACAACAUGUACAAGGUUUUUUAUUAACUAUUCACAACAUGUGAAUCUUAUACAUA